UGCUUCAGUCGAUAGCGAGGAGAGAGAGAGAGAGACAGUGUUUACUCUGGAGAGCUGGAGGCAGAGGAGAACAGAUGAUGGUGAUUGAUUGAUGGCAGGUCGAAGAUGAGGCAGAGAAGCAACAAGAAGGGACGGUACAGAGGCGUUUGGCUUGGAGGAAAAUCGAAAAACAGAGGAGAGACGUGAGUGGUUUCUGAUUUCCAGAAGCAAGUCGUGACAAGGGCUAAGGGAGAGACAGGAAGGACCGUUCUUUCUUCUUUCCGGUAAAGGUAAGAGCUGGAGAAGGGAGAGAGAAGAAAACAGGAAAAAAGAGAAGGAAAGUUGAAGAAAAAGAGGAAUUGUCCCAAUCCUUAAUAAACAGGCUUUGGUGUUACCUUAAUGAGCUGUGUUUGCAAUCAGUUCGUAAAUGACAACAACAAAGGUUGCUACUGAUUUCAAGUGUAAAAUAAGUAGGCAGGACAGAUGUUUGUGGGAAUGCUUGAACCAAAUCUUAAGUCAUGGCUCACCAUUAUCAUGGAUUAUUCUGGGGGGGGCAGGCACAGGGAAGUUCUGUGCCAAUUUGUUCAGAACAUCCAAUUUUCAUUCGCUUGUAGGCAUCACCACCAAGUUUUUGCCUGUGUUCUCAAAUCUUGUGCUGCUCUCUCUUCUUCCAAACUUGGGAGGGCUCUACACAGUGCUCUUGUAAAAAUAGGACAUCUCUCCUGCCACCUUAUGUCAAAAUCACUACUUAAUAUGUAUGCUAAAUGCGGGGAUGUUGAUGAUUGCCGGAUGCUAUUUGCUCAAAUGGGUAGCAAUGAUCCUGUUGUCUGGAACAUUCUAUUAUCUGGGUUUGCUGGUUCUGAAUUAAAUUAUGUAGAGAUGAUGAGAUUGUUCAGGGCGAUGCACGCGUCUCAUGAAACCAAGCCCAAUGCUGUCACCUUUGCUAUUAUUCUUCCUGGCUGUGCUCAAUUUGGGAAUUCCAAUCUAGGGAAGAGUAUGCAUACUUAUCUGGUUAAAUCUGGAUUGGAAACUCAUACACUUGUUGGGAAUGCUUUGGUGUCUAUGUAUGCAAAAUGUCGGCUGGUUAAGGAUGAUGCAUAUGCUGCAUUUAGCAGCAUUGCUGAUAAAGAUGUUGUUUCUUGGAAUGCAAUCAUUGCUGGUUUUUCUGAGAAUAAGUUGAUGUAUGAUGCGUUUAGGCAGUUUAGAUGGAUGCUAAAGGGGCCUGUACGACCCAAUUACGCAACAAUUGCAAAUAUCCUGCCUGUUUGUGCUUCUUUAGAUAGGAGCAGUGCCUAUUGUUUCGGGAGAGAGAUCCACUGUUAUAUCUGGAGGAGGAUUGAGUUAGGAGCAGAUGUUUUUGUUGGCAAUGCUCUGGUGAGCUUUUACUUGCGAGUUGGACGGAUGGAAGAAGCUGCAUUAUUGUUUCAAAAGAUGAAUUCAAGAGAUCUAAUUUCGUGGAAUGCUAUUAUUUCUGGGUAUGCAUCAAAUAAUGAGUGGUUGAAAGCCUUGCAUUUGUUUCAUGAAUUAAUUUCUGCAGAGAAGUUUGGACCUGAUUCGGUAACUUUUCUUUGCAUUCUUCCUGUCUGUGCACAGUUAAAAGCCUUGCAUUUUGGCAAGCAGAUCCACAGCUAUAUUAUCCGCCGUCCUUCGUUAUGUGAGGAUACAACAGUUGGGAAUGCUCUUGUUAACUUUUAUGCAAAAUGUGGCGAGAUAGAGGCGGCUUACUGGACAUUUUUAGUGAUUUUUGGGAAGGAUUUGAUAUCAUGGAAUUCUGUGCUUGAUGCCUUUGCAGAAGGUCAAUAUUACGAUAAGUUUCUGGACACCCUACACUGGAUGCUUAAGGAAGCCAUCAUUCCUGACUCCAUAACUAUCCUAACUAUAAUUCAUUUCUGUGUCAAUACUCUAAAGGGAAGAGAAAGUUAGGGAAACUCAUUGCUAUUCAAUUAGACCAGUCUCUUACUGAAUGAUACAGAACCAACUGUUGGAAAUGCAUUACUUGAUGCUUAUGCAAAAUGUGGUAAUAUGGAUUACGCAUUCAAAAUUUUCCUAAGUCUGGUUGUGUUCACUGCCAUGAUUGGUGCUUAUGCCAUCCAUGGUAUGGGAAAUGAAGCUCUCAUGGUUUUCUCACAAAUGCUGGAAUUGGGUGUGAAGCCCGAUCAUGUGAUUAUUACUGCUAUACUCUCUGCUUGCAGCCAUACUGGGCUAAUAGAUGAAGGCUUGAAGAUUUUCUAUUCUAUUGAGAAGGUUCACAGGAUGAAACCUACCAUGGAACAGUAUUCGUGUGUGGUGGAUCUCCUUGCUCGAGGAGGUCGAAUUCAUGAAGCAUAUUCUUUAGUAAAUGGAAUGCCCACAGAAGCUAAUGCAAAUGUUUGGGGCACAUUACUAGGUGCCUGUAGAAUCCAUCAUGAAGUAGAUUUGGGCCGUGUUGUGGCUGAUCAUCUUUUUGAGGUUGAAGCUAAUAAUAUUGGGAACUAUGUCGUAAUGUCUAACCUAUAUGCAGCAGACUCUAGGUGGGAUCGUGUAGUUGAAAUGAGAAAACUAAUGAGAACGAGAGAUCUGAAAAAGCCAGCAGGAUGCAGCUGGAUUGAAGUGCAGAGGAGAAAGAAUUUUUUUAUUGCUGGAGACUCUUCUCACCCUCAAAGGGACAAUAUUUACAGUGCCUUAAGUAUCUUAGACCAACAACUCAAAGAGCCGUUGCUGUUUGAGUAGAUCAACAUUGAUAUUUCUUGUUUAUGGAGCGUCACUAAUGGAAAUGUCAAUUGAUGAAUUGCGAAGGAUCUCCAAUCCUAUUGCACGAAAGCUUGGAAAGCAGAAUUGUUCUGUUGGUUUCAGCCUUUAGGUGCCAUUGUCAAAGUAUACUUGGGGCAACUCAAUCCAUUUGCAGUUUGGGGAGUUUAGAUCCAAACUAAAUCUAACAUUCUUCAGCUCUCAAUCAAACUUAUUAAGCCCAAUGGCUGUUACUUUACUCGCCCAUAACUGUACUGUAUGAGUAUUUGGUCUUAUGAAGACUGGUUUUGACAAGAGUUCUUUCCUUUUGUUGGUGACUUUCCAAGUCAGAUAUGCUUUUCAAGCUUCAAGGACCUGGUGAUUCUGAUUUUCAAUGGAGAUUAUUGGAUAUAAGGAUGCUAGUUGGAGAACCCAAUUAUAAUAGUUUAAGUUAUCCGGCAAGCAAAAAAUGUGA